AUGUCAUUUGAAAACAGCAACUUGCUUGUAAAAGUUCCUUGCUUAUACACAGUUGCUUCGAAAUACUUUGCAUGCUUAGCGCAUAUUGAAGUUAUAAAAAAAGAACAAAAAUGUGCGAACGAGUUCACAAAUAAAGCCAGCAUAAGACCUCAUUCUGACGAAUGGUUCUUCUCAUUCUCCUUCAUAUGCUGA